AACGACGGAUGGUGGAUAGUGGUGCUCCAGUAGAAUAGUUUACCUGGUUCCACACACAAUACACAGCAUUGCGGAUCACAAACAAAUUUCCGAUCUGGCCGGUAGAAAUAAUUGCUAAGAACCAGAAAAAUCUGCUUUUCGUCAUCGAAAUCCGAUGUGGUCUCGCCAGCACUGAAUUAAUUUGCUGAUCAUAACAAGACAUUCGGACCGCCACCAGCUCGCGGGCUGCUGUACUGUAUCACUAUCGAAUUCGGUGUGCCUAUAAUUGCUUUUUUCCUGUUCAAACAAUGUUUGGGCUUAGUGUUGACUUCCACCGCGCGGUUGAUGCUAUCUGUUCUGUCCACUACCACCACUGAUGACGCUGAUGACGAUGAUGAUGCCAAAACAUUCGGCAGAGCUCAACAGGUUGAGAGGGCACAUAUAGGCAUGGAAAAAUCAGUCCGUUUUCAGCUGCUGCCGUUUGUGGGUCGAACGACGUGCGUGUUAAGGCUCUAGAGCGUGCGUGAUUGUUGCUGAUCUUUGGGAGGCUAUAUUAGACGUAGAAUAGUGUUGCAGCAUCGGAUUGCGCGUAAACUAAGCCAAAGUUAUAGUAUUUAGUGUGAACAAAGUACAAAGAACAAAAAAGUGACGAUCGAUUAAAAUGUUGGAAUUUAAUGUAAAAUGCAUGUGUUUGCUCGUAGUGGCCUUGAUGGUGAUCGCAACAGCGGAUGCCAUCAAGUGCUAUCGCUGUAACAGCUACGAUAAGGCCGACUGCCUGCACGAGUCCGAUGAAGACAGAGAAACGAAAAACUCUACCAAACUGUGGCCAUUCCUACGCGAGUGUGAACCGGAUCCCACGGGCCAAAAUCGGGAACCAUUCUGUCGGAAGAUUUCCGUCACAAUUAUGAAACCAAAGCACCACCGGGUGAUUCGAGAUUGCGGCUACGAGCGAUCGCAUCUGGACUGCUACUUGGCAGACAACGACGGCCAUCUGGAGACGGUUUGCCAAUGCUGGACGGACCAAUGUAACGGGGUGCACCGGCUAACGAGCGGGACGGGGCUGGGUCUGGGACUAGCAGUCAUGGUCGCCAUAUUGAGAUUUGUAGCGUAAUAGAGAUUUUACCAAGGACAUUAUCGUUUAUUGAAGUGUAUGUAUAAGUGUAGUUUUAUCGUUUUUU